AUGACUCUGGCCUGCAUGUCCCUGUGCUUCUCUGCCCUCAUGGCUCUUGUUCUUGGUGCUUUUGUGAAGUAUAAUAACACUCCCAUAGUGAAGGCUAAUAACCCCAUUCUCAGCUACAUCCUACUGAUCUCCAUCACAAUCUGUUUCCUCUGUUCAUUGCUCUUCAUUGGGCAUCCUCACAUAGUCACCUGCAUCCUUCAGCAGACCACAUUUGGAGUCUUUUUCACAGUGGCUGUGUCUACAGUCUUGGCCAAGACUAUUACAGUUGUCUUGGCCUUCAAGCUCACGACUCCAGGAAAAAGAAUGAGAGGAAUACUGGUAUCAGGGGCACCUAAAUUUGUCAUUCCCAUCUGUACCUUGAUCCAACUCAUUCUCUGUGGAAUCUGGCUGGUCACGGCCCCUCCCUUUAUUGACACAGAUACACACUCUGAGCAUGGGCAGAUUAUCAUUGUGUGCAGCAAAGGCUCAGCUAUUGCAUUCCAUUUUGUCUUGGGAUACUUGGGCUCUUUGGCUCUGGGGAGCUUCACUGUGGCUUUCUUGGCCUGGAAUCUUCCUGACAGAUUCAAUGAAGCUAAAUUCCUGACCUUCAGCAUGCUGGUGUUCUGCAGUGUCUGGGUCACCUUCCUCCCUGUCUACCACAGCACCAAGGGGAAGGUCAUGGUGGCUGUGGUGGUCCUCUCUAUCUUGGCCACCAGUGCAGGGUUGUUAGGGUGCAUCUUUGUCCCAAAAUGUUAUGUGAUUUUCAUGAGACCAGAUUUAAAUUCUCUUCAAAAGUUCAGGGAUAAAUCACUUUACUGA